AUGCGCGAAGAUUAUGCUCACAAUGACCCCGGUCGCUUUCAAUCCAGUCAUCUAUUGCAGAACAAACCACCAGAGACGACUGAGUACCCGCCUGCUUAUGAAGCGUGGAGUGAAGACGGCACAGAUGAAUACUCUAGAUGGGACCCGCGGGGAUGGUCCUUGAAAAACAAGAUUUUCCUAGCGAUUGGUGUUGUCGUGGUGAUUGUAGGUGUUGUUGUUGGUGCUGUUCUAGGAGUGCGAUACAACCGGUAUCCCGAUUACUCUAAAUUGAACUAUACCCUGAAAGACAAUUAUUCGGGAUCCUCGUUUUUCGACAACUUUGAAUAUUUUACUGAAGCCGACCCAACCCAUGGAUUUGUCCAAUAUAUCGACCGCGCUGCAUCCGAAUGGCUGAAUCUAACAUCCGCCACGGACACUUCUGCAGUGCUCAAGGUGGACACGAAAUAUAAAGGAUCAGAAGCUGCUCACGGUCGCCAAUCCGUGCGAGUCACAUCCAACAAGACCUAUGCCGACGGGCUCUUCAUCUUCGAUGUCAUUCACACCCCGUACGGGUGUGGCACAUGGCCGGCCCUGUGGUUGACAGACCCUAACAACUGGCCAGAACACGGUGAAAUCGAUGUCGUGGAAGCUACCAACGCUGGGACCUUUGGAACCCAGUCGACUCUUCACACAUCGAAAGGCUGCUCUAUGGGUGUUAAACGGAAAGAAAGUGGCACGGUGGAUCACGAGAACUGUUACUACGAGGCAAAUGGGGGUACGGGCUGUGGUGUGAAGGGCACUGGCAGUACUUACGGCCCUGAUUUCAACAGCAAGGGUGGCGGUGUCUACGCGAUGGAACUCCGUGACGCCGGUAUUCGUGUAUGGCAAUGGGUCCGAUCCAACAUCCCGUCCGAUAUCACCUCUGGAAAUCCCGACCCGUCCACAUGGGGCCAGGCAUUUGCAGACUUUCCCAGCACGGAUUGCGACAUUGGUUCUCAUUUCAAGAACCAGAGUAUCAUCAUCAAUAUCUCUUUGUGCGGUGACUGGGCAGGUGCGAACAAGUACUACAAGACGCAAAGUAGUUGUCCUAGUAACUGCAAGGCAUUUGUGCGGGACAAUGCGGCUAGUUUCGACACUGCAUAUUGGGAAUUCGGAGGCUUCAAGGUCUACCAGGCCUCCUGA